AUGACAAAAACAUGGCAUGAUUUAAAAGAGCUUGUUCCAGAAGCACCGGAUGAUGUUUGUAGAAGUGCUAUUGCUUAUGCUCCUUUUGAUCAGGCGCUAGCGUUUCUCAGAGAAUCAUUUCAGAGCGCACCUCAACAAGAGGAACAUAAAGACGACGAAAAUGGAUCUCUAAUUCGAAAGAUACAGGAAAACUUCCCAAUGAUCGAUGAAGAUAUUGCUCAAGUCAUUCUCGAAGAGGCAAAUUUUAAUAUUGAUGUUGCUCUUCAAGAUUGCUCAUUAAUGGAAAGCGAAUUUACAAAAAUACUCGAUACAUACAUACCUCAGGAGGUUAUUGAGUUUAUUGAUCAAACUUCUGCAAAUGAUUCAAAUCAAGAACUUCAAAACACACCGGAUUAUAAAUUAGACCCAGAUGUAUUACGUAAAACACAGAAAUGGGACCCUUUUAAACCAUAUAUUCCUGAAAAUGAAAUCUCAUCAACUCAAUCUCAAAAUCCACCAUCCGAUCAAAAGAAUUCUAACUGGAACCCGUUCUUUGGUGCUAUGCAGACUACUACUUCUCAACCAAAAUUUGAUAAUCAAAAUCCAUUAGAAACUACGCUUCUUCAAGACGAAGAGAUUAAAGUUACUCAAAAUACAGAACCACAACUUGCUCAUAAUGAUACUGAUGGCUUCGAAUUUGAAGAUGAAAAUCCACCAGAUGCAAAACCAGCGUCAAAUCCUUACGAUUCAUACGAAGACUUAAUAGACUUCAAUGCGAAAGUCAAACCACCGAAAGUACAACAACAAAAAUCAGCAGAUGAAAUAAAUAAUUUAAUUCAAGAGAUCCAAACAAUCUGUCCUCAUAAAACCCCAUUAGAAAUACGUGAAGCUCUUAAAAAGACCAAUUACUCUGCCCAAAGAGCUGCAAAUCUUUUAUUAGAAGAUUCAUCACAACAAACAGAGCUGAAACGGCCAAAACAACAAAACAGACCUAGUAAAUUAGAGCGCAGAUACAAUGAAAGAGCCCACAACCUUCCAGAAGAAUAUAGAUUAAACCGAAAUGACGAAGGAAAGCGAAACCAAGGCAUAAAACAGUUACUAGAGAUAUUCCCUGGCACCGAUCCUGAUUUUAUUGCUACAAUUCUUGAUCAAAGCCAUAAUGACGUAAAUGGAGCUGUUGUAACGCUUUCAUCCAUGAAUUCCUUACCUAAAGUUGAUGAUGGAGACGUGAUAAAUAGACUCAGUACCUUGUUCUUUACUUCUUCUGAAUAUGAAAUCACAGAAGCACUUAAAUUAGCUCAUAACGACCCAGAUAAAGCAGCCGAAUACCUACUUACAAGGAGAUUUGAUGCCCCGCCACCGGAAGACAUAAUUAUUGGCGUAAGACCGGAUGUUUCGCUUGCAAGAGCCAAAAAAGCACUUAAAGACAACAACAAUGAUAUACAGAAGGCUAUUAAGUCUCUAGGAACAAUAGGAAAGAUCAGGAUAAGACGUGUACAGCCUUGGGAGGAUCCUUUACGCGCAAGAAAAUCUUUGACAAUAGACCUUCACGGAUUUAAGUCAGAAGAAGCCGUUGAAUAUGUUUCAAGAGCAAUUAGAAACUCAAGGAACUCAGUUGGUUCUAUUUAUUUCGUAACUGGCCGUGGAAUUCACUCAAAGGACAAGUUGUCAGUUUUGAGACCAUUAGUUAUGAGAAUGUGCAGGAAAGCAGGUGCCGAAACAUUCCUGCAGAAAGGAAAUCCAGGUGUUGUUGUUUGUAGAUUUGUUCCUCUUCCGAAAUAA